AUGAUGCAGGAACCUGAUAACUUUGAUUACAUUAUUAAUCAGAUUAAUCUUAUCGGAUCCGAUGUGCAAACGGAUAUGGGGUCAGAAAUCUCUCCAACCUCGAUCAAUGGUCUGAAUAGUCCAGCAUUUGAAUUAAUUGAUACUAAAUCAUCUGAGCUGAUGGUUGGUAUGCACCAUCGACCCACGAGUAGCCAGGAUGGAGCGAACUCUCGUAUGUGGACACAUUCUUAUGCGACGGGAGCGAAUUCACCAGGAGAUACUUCUAGUAGUGGAUUGGCAUCACCGACAACUGCUAGGUCAAUGGGAGCGUUUGGGUUAAGACAAGCUCAAGGUUAUUCUGGCAAUUCUAGAAUUCCAUCGCAAUCGCCCAAAAGCACAGCGCAUCUCAGACAAGUGACUGUUGGGGAAUAUAGUGCAGCAGUGCAUUCACAACCAGUGGUGAUUGUUGUUGCUGGUCAUGAUGUUGACACUGGUAUAAAGAGUGAUCGCAUUCAUAACCACCAGACUGAGUUGCAUUCCGAAAUAGAAGCUGUCAGACAUGAUUCUGAUGCAUGGGUACCGCCAAAUCCUAUUUCAACUCCAUCGCCAGACAGCAUCACGACUCAUGAUCAACCCUCUUCCUUUAACUUGGCACCUGUGCCUCAGUCUACAUUGAUCCAAUCACAUGAAUCCUCGCCCACUUUGAUGCAUGCUCAGUCCACUGACAGUACUAAUACAAACUCGGCCUUGUCUACUGAUCAGGGCAAGACUGGAACCACUGGCAAGUCAUACUUUUGGCGCAAUCUGUUUUCUUCUGGCUCUAAAUCCAAAUCUCCUCACAUCUCUGACAGUGUGGAUGCAGUGCGGUCUAAUGGUAUUACGCGGGAAAGUAUCGACUCGUCAGUAUCUUCUCAAAGUACGGGAAGUACGAUCAACGCAAACAUUGCGAAAACUCCACAGCAUUCAUCUAUACUAGAUCAUUCUCACGAAGGUGCAACCAUUCAACAGCGUCGUGUACGUGGUGCGUCGGGUCUGAGGCUCUUGACCAAGUCUCCAGUCCCAAUAGAGAGCCCAUCUGAAAAUACAAAUGAUGAUCACAAAGAAUUCGUAUCCAUGCAUGUUCAGAAUGCAAAUCAUCCAGUCAUUUCUACUUCAAAUACUCCAGAUGUUCAUCUAUCCAAUCAUAAUCACUCUAGUAGCACUGUAGAUGAUUGUAACCAUGCAUCGACUAAAGUUGUGCAUACGGACCUGUUGCCCACUAUUUCACCCAUGACUCCAUUUGAUGACUCUUUUGCAAUGCUAAACGCUUUUGGAGAUAUGCAUGAUAGUGCAAAUGCGUUGGAUUCUGACGAGCCUUGCUCAUCUGGUACUGCCGCGAUUUCUUUUACGGAUCACACCAUUCAAAGUGACACAAUCGCAGUCGUACCAAACGUUAUAGAUAAUAUAAAGAUGGUUUCAUCUGUACCACAGGUGAUCAAUAUAGAUGUGAACGAAUCAAAAGAUGAAAUCAAAACUUCAGAAUCCAUCGACUCGAAUCAGGAAGUUCAUGUUUCUAGAAGACACACAACAAAUACACUCAACAGUCAAAGACAGAGUUGGUCAUCACCUUCAGCUGCCGUUGCGACACGUUUAAUUCGGCAACCCCAGUAUAAAGGAAGUUUGGACAUUUCAAUCCUUGCACAUCGUAAGCAUACCGACUCCAAAUUAACCGAACCCACUCCAACAUAUACCAAUGCAGACUACUAUGGAUGUGUAUAUGGGAUGCUUCCAAAAUAUUUAAAUGAUGCAAUCAUUCGUCGAGAUUUAAUUCGUGCUCAAAAAUGGAAUGGAAUGUCUCAUUCUGCCAAGAGUUUAAGCAGCAUUACUGGAUCUACAACAAAAAAGCUCGAAGUUUCUAUGGACGACAAUGGAGCAAAUAUUGACAUGAUCCACAAAUUUUCUCUGCAUCGCAAGUUUGCAACGCGGUUGGUUAAGGGCGUGCCACAGAUAUGGAGAGGUCAAGUGUGGCUAGAGCUUUUUUCGCAACGGAGUGGAAUGUAUGAUUUCCAAAAUCCUUCAGGGUUUUCUAAAAAAGCUACAAAUCUGUUGAAUCUAUAUCAUGGGUCGCAGUUGCUGUUGAUUGACAAGGAGAUUCUGUUUGAUGCGGCCCAUACCAUGAGAUACCAUAUUAGUUUUUCCACUCACAACAAUUCCAAUAUCAAGAUUCUUGCAAAGAUUGCUCAAAUUAUCGUGCAACUUUUACCAGAUUUUGGGUAUAGAAAGAUCGUCUUGACAUGGAUUGCGCUGUUGCUGACUGUUACAAACGAAGAGAAUGCUUUUUUGAUUGCCAUGAGUAUUUUAGAGAAACCUAGUGAUGGUGCUUUGGGUACAUUCUAUAGCAUGUAUCCAGCAUAUUUGGACAAGUCCCGUAUGCAGACAGAGUCAUGUCAACAAUACACUUGUUUGCUUGAAAAGUGUUUGCCCAAAGUUGCACAUCAUUUGAAAUCGCAUAGUAUCGAACCAAAACAAUACGUUCCGGUAUGGAUAGAUUCACUUUUUGUCCAUUGUUUUGAUCCGCUUCGUCGGAUUUCACGUUCAUCCGCUUCAUCCCAAGCAGGAGGAAGUUGGAAUGGACCACUUCCACUGCAGUCUCUUCUUCGUUUAUGGGAUCUCUAUGGUCUCUACGGUUAUCCCUUUCUUAUAUGUGCAGCGGUUGGCAUGAUCAAGAUGUACGAAGCGGUCAUUCUGCGCAUGGGAUCAGUCGAGCUGAAUCUGUUUAUUCUUGAAUGCAUAGGAGAUCCAGCUUCUAUUGCUUUUUCGAAUCGGUUUAUUACAUUUACUGACUCGGACAAGUUUAUCCAGGGGUGUCUGAGCAUAUGGCAAGUGUGGUUGAAGACGCACAAGAACAGCGGCACGAACAAUGGACCAAACCAGAGCUUGGAUGAACGGGGCAGUUGGGGAUCAAGACUUUCGAAUAACAGACCCCACAAGCAGCCUAAAGGAAUAUUUAAAACGAAUCGCAUGAGGACAUUGAGCCCAGCAGGAAGAAAUAUUGAUUGA